AGGCGGGGGCGCGGCGGAGGGAGGGAGCGGAGCGGAGCGGGGCUGGCGGAGCGCGGGAGAGCGGCGCGGCGCGGCUGAGCAACACAGCGGUGACCGUAGCGGCGUGCCCAUGACGACGACGGCGCACCCCUUUUGGCCGCGCUCUCUGCUGUUGCCGGGCUACGUCGCCGCCGCGCGUCCCGGCUGGCAGAGCGCGGGCUUGGUGGGCGUGGCCGGGGCGGGGCUGCUGGCUCUUGGUUGGCUGCUGGGCGGGGCGAGGGGCGGGGCUUCGCGGAGCCCCGCCCACCGCCUGGCGCUGGGCUGGUUCCUCCUGUGCACCGGGAUCCACAGCGUGCUCGAGGGGUACUUCAGCAUCCGGCACCGGGAGCUGCCCGGCGACACCGGGCUGCUGGCCGACGUCUGGAAGGAGUACGCCAAAGCUGACAGCCGCUACAUGACGAGCGAUGACUUCACGGUGGCCAUGGAGACAGUGACAGCGUGGGCCUGGGGUCCCCUCAGCUUCCUCACCUUCCUCGCUCUCCUGCGCCGCCACCCAGCCCGCUACAUCCUGCAGCUCGUCGUCUCCCUUGGGCAGCUCUAUGGGGACGUGCUGUACUUCGCCACAGAGGGACUGGCAGGCUGGAGCCACAGCGACCCCCGGCCCCUCUACUUCUGGGGCUACUUCGUGGGGCUGAAUGGGGUGUGGGUGGUGGUGCCCUGCGCCCUCCUGGUCGACUCCUGCCGCCACCUCGCUGCCGCCCAGCGCGCCCUCGACCGACCCCGCCACAAGAGCCACUGACCACGGGUGCUGAUGGGUCCCCUCUGCAACACGCGGGUGCCAGAUUCCCCCCCACGAAGCGAGGUCAGCACUCGGGGGGGGGUCUUGGCAUCCUCCAGGGACCUCGGGGGGGUGCUGGGGCUCGUGUUGGGCCCCCAUGAGCUCAGGGAUGUGGGGCUGGACCUCUGGGUCCACCCGGGGGGGGCCACCCUAUGGCUGGGGCCGUGCGAUGGGUGUUAAUAAAGGAGCGGAGAUUGGA